CACCAUAACUAAUACUAACCAACCACACCUUCUCGAUCUUCAACUAGUAUAUACAAUGGUGAAGUGAAAUCAUCCAAAUUAAAGACAUCGUCGUCUUGGUCAUCUCGAUCAACUGGCUUCAAAUACCAUUGAUCGAAGUGCUAGGAAGGAAUAACUAAUACACAUUACAUGCCGUGGGCUGUGUAGGCUGGGCAGCUGACUGUCAAGUGAUGAAUAUGGAGGGUGAAGGAGGAGGAGUGGUGGUGAGGGGAAGAGUAGAAAUUGACAUGAGGCAACCUUUUCGUUCUGUGAAGGAAGCAGUGACGCUGUUUGGGGAAAAGGUUCUAGCCGGUGAAAUCAUUGGAAACAAGCUUAAACAGAUGCAAGCAAGAGGCGAUGCUGAACAGCCACACCAAUCUAAAAUAGGAACAGUGACAGCUGAGCUUGAAGAGACCAAAAGAAGCCUUGAAAAAUCUAAAGAAGAAGGAAAUCUAAUGGCAUACUACCUUCAUUCCCUCAAACUAGAGCUUGAGCAGACAAAGAAGGAGCUACAGCAGCUGAAGGGCUCGAGGGAAUUAACUGAUCAUCACAAACCGACACCAUCACUUGAUUCUGAGAUUGAAGAACUCAAGUUCAUUGAAAACGCAAGCACCAAAGUUGAAGUCAAGAGUACACAAACUCAAGGGUUCGAGGAGCUCGAAAAGAAGAGGUCAGUCAAGUUUGCCAGUCCUCCACUGCUAACUCGAGUGAUUAUUAGCAAAGAAGAAGAUGAUCGUCCUCAUCAUCGUCAAGAGGGAGUAAAUUCAACCCCUUCAGUUGGAGAAAAGAAAUUGAAGAAGAGGCCAUCAUUUGGAUUUCUGUUUGCCAAAAAGAAGGGGCACCAGAAAAGUACCGGACCGUGAAUCAAUGGCCUCAUUAUUCGUUGGGCUAUCCUUCAAGCUCGUCGUUUGAGGCAUGAAAUAAGGUCAUUCCGGAAUUUUGUUUGCAGGUUAUAGAGUGUUCUCUUCAAAAGAAGCUCAUGCAAGCUAGAGCUCAUGGUUAAAAUUCUAUCGAUCCAUAUUAAUAACAAUGUAAUCGUUUAUUUCAUUGAAAUCUUUGAAACUAAUAGCGUAUAACCUACUCUUUUUUUCUUUUUUUUUUGCUCCAAACAAUGUAAUUGUUUUAGUUGACUUAAAAUCGUCCUCGAGCACUAUUGAGUUA